AUGUGUAUACUCUUUCCUUUUUUUUUUUUUUUCUGGCUCUUUCGGUCAUUCGUCUCUUUUUUUUGUGUUCUUUUAGUCUUACUUUUAAAGAAUAAGUUAAAAAUCAUUACUUAUUUGCUUUGUUGGAUAAUUAUGGAUGAAUUGGUCAAAAAUUGUUCAGUGGCUCUCUCUCUAAUGAUUCUUGGUAAAUUGUUUCAUCCGUUAAUUCUAAAAAGAUCUAAAUCAACAAUGACUAAAUUGACCCCCUUUUUGGAAUCUAAAAGACCUAAACAAUCACCUGAGUUCGAUUACUCUACUCUCUCUAACUAUCAAUCCUUUAAAGUUGAUCACACCACUUUAGAUCUAUCCAUUUUAUUUGAUCAAAAAAUUAUUAAAGGUGACGUUACCUUUCAACUAACUAAAAUAUCUAAUUGUAACGAGAAUGAAAUUAAAUUAGAUACUUCUUUUCUAAAUAUCGAAAAGGUAGAACUCAACAACGUCAGUGUAAAAGACUUCAUACUUAAACCAAGGGUCGAACCAUUGGGUUCUCAAUUGGUUAUCAAGUCUGAUUCAAUUGAAAAAUUUAAAGAUAGUAACAACAAUAUCUUAUUAAAACUUUCUUUCACCACAACUGAGAGAUGCACUGCUUUGCAAUGGUUGAACGCCAAGCAGACCUCCGGGGAACCUUAUGUGUUUUCUCAAUUGGAAGCGAUCCAUGCAAGAUCUCUAUUCCCAUGUUUCGAUACCCCAUCAAUCAAAUCUACUUUUACUGCUAACAUCAAGUCUUCCUUACCUGUCGUUUUCUCAGGUAUUAAGACUCACGAAACAAUUAAUAAAAAGGAUGACCUACAGUACUCAUAUCAAUUCGAACAAAAAGUACCUAUUCCAGCAUAUUUGGUCGGUGUCGCAUCAGGUAAUUUAGAACAUGCACCAAUCGGCCCACGUUCUACUGUUUACACUGAACCCUUUAGGUUAGAAGAUUCCCAAAGAGAGUUCGAUGGAGACGUGGAAAAGUUUAUACAAACCGCAGAAAAGAUCAUAUUCCCAUACGAAUGGGGUACUUAUGACAUCCUAAUCAAUGUCGAUUCAUAUCCAUAUGGUGGUAUGGAAUCUCCCAACAUGACUUUUGCCACACCUACUUUGAUAGCACACGAUAAGAGCAACAUCGACGUCAUUGCCCAUGAAUUGGCACACUCUUGGUCUGGUAAUCUGGUCACCAAUUGUUCUUGGAACCAUUUCUGGUUGAAUGAAGGGUGGACUGUCUAUUUGGAAAGGCGUAUUACUGGGGCUAUCCAUGGUGAGCCAACUAGACACUUCAGUGCCUUGAUUGGCUGGAAUGAUUUGCAAAAUUCUAUCGAUUCAAUGAGUAACCCAGAUAGAUUCUCCACUUUAGUCCAAUGUUUGAACGAUGGAUGCGAUCCAGAUGAAGCUUUUUCCAGUGUCCCAUAUGAAAAGGGUUUCAAUUUAUUGUUUUAUUUGGAAAAUUUACUUGGUGGUGUUAAGGAAUUCGACCCAUUUAUUAAACAUUAUUUUAAGAAGUUUUCCAGAAAAUCUUUGGACACAUUCCAAUUCUUAGACACUUUAUUCGAGUUCUUUCCCGAAAAGAGAGAUCUUUUGGAAUCUGUUGAUUGGGAGACUUGGUUAUUUAAACCUGGUAUGCCACCAAAACCACAAUUUGAUACAUCUUUAGCCGACUCAGUAUAUAAAUUAGCCAAUGAUUGGAUUCAAAGGGCUCAAGAAUGGGGCCAAGAGGAACCAAAGAAAUAUAUGGACCACUUCAAUGUUGAUGAUAUUAAGGAUUUUAAUGCUAAUCAAGUUGUAUUGUUCCUUGAAACUUUAACUCAAGGCGGUCACGCGUUAAAUGACAGCAAUACUAGCGUAUUUGAUUGGAGCAACUAUCAAGUCGCUGCUAAAUCAUUAUUAUCUAUUUAUGAUAAUGAGAAAGUGGUUAAAUCAAAGAAUGCAGAAGUUGUCUUUAAAGUAUUCAAGUUCCAAAUUAAAGCCCAUCUAAAGGAAUAUUAUAACGACCUAGGUAAUUGGUUAGGUACUGUAGGUAGAAUGAAGUUCGUUAGGCCAGGUUACAGAUUAUUAAAUUCUGUUGACAGAGAUCUAGCUCUAAAAACAUUUGAAAAAUUUCAAGAUACAUAUCAUCCAAUCUGUAAAGCUUUAGUUAAGCAAGAUUUAGGUUCAUAA